UUCAGUGCGCGACUUUCAGCAGUCGAAGAUGCGGCGGCCAAUUUUCGUGUUAUUUUUUCUGCUACAUCUGAAAAAUGCCAGAGUUAUCCUUCCGACGGUACCCGAUGUCAUGCAUCCACCCGUACCCGACGAUGCUAAAGUCGACCGAGAUAUGGCUUUUAUGAUGGAAGACCCCGAUCCCGAAGUCACUCCCGGACUGUUCCAAGGGGACAUGGCUAUGACCAACGAGAUCUACAACUACUGGAGGGUAGGGAUACGGUGGGACGUGUUUCCGGAAAAACUAUGGGUCAAUGGGACUGUUCCAUAUGUCAUAAGCCCCAUAUAUGAACCAUCGGACCAAGUGACAAUUUUAAAAGCCAUCCAUAUUCUAAACUUCAUGACUUGCGUUCGGUUCGUACCAUGGGAUGGUAAAGCUAAAGAUUAUCUCCUAAUCUGGCCCAUCAAAUACCCCAAGGGUUGUUGGUCAUUUGUGGGUCGUUUUGGUGGCGCCCAGAUUGUGAGUCUACAACCACCAGACGCCACAAGCCCAAAUUGUCUUGGUACUGAAGGGAGGGCCGUCCAUGAACUAAUGCACGCCUUGGGUGUGUUCCACGAACAGUCACGAUGGGACAGAGACAAGUUCGUUAAAAUCCACAUGGACAAUAUCAUACCACAGUACAAAACCAACUUUGAUAAGCAAAGCCUUGAAAAUACGACUUACAGCUUCGAGUAUGACUAUGAUUCCAUAAUGCAUUACGGGAAAUACUUUUUCAGUAAAGGUAAAAACAAACCUACAAUUACAGCAAAGCAACCAGGAAUCAAAAGGCUUGGUCAGAGGAAGGCUCUUUCCAAGGGAGACUGUUUGAAACUCAACGAUCUCUAUGGCUGUUUCGACAACCCUCGACUUCGUCGCAAAUACUACACGUUAUGUCAAUUUAUGGGUAUUUAAUUUAUUUAAAUAAAAUUAAUUAAUCUUCAA